CGCCGACCCCGCUAUAGUCGGGCAAUCUUCAACGCGCGUUCACCCCGCGGUCCCUCACCGUGCUGACCAUACAUUCACCGCUUAGCAUUACCGCUCACUUAACUCUUACCAUCUCACACACUCUCUCGCUCUCUCACUACCACUAUCUCAAACCCACCCACUCACCCACUGAAAAAGAAACCCUUAAAAGAAGCAGAACAACCACCACCACCACACACACACACGCACACACACACACACACACACACACGCACACACACACGCACAAAACUCACCAUGACAACCACCGCCCAGCAACCCUUAGGGUCGGACGACCCCUUCGACACCCUCCUCACCCUCGAAGACCAGUUCUACACCGAAGGGUACGACCAGGGCAUGGCCGACGGCCUGGUGGCGGGGCGGGCCGAGGGCCGGCAGCUAGGGCUGGAGCGCGGGUUCGUCAAGUUCGCCGAGAGCGGCCGGCUGCAGGGGCGGGCGAUCGUGUGGGCGAGUCGGGCGGGGAUGGGGAUGGGGCGGGAGGGGGGGAAGGGGCAAGCAAAGGGUGGUGUUGGUGUUGCUGGGGAAGGGGGGGAUUUGGGGGUGGGGUUGGGGUCGGGUUCUGGGUUGAGGGAAGGAGGGGAAGGGGAAGGGGACGGGCAAGGGCGAGAGGAUGGUGUUCAACACAAUGGGGACGCCACAGAGGUCGCUCGCGUGCUCCCUCCGUUACCGGACAACCCCCGCCUGGCGAAGCACAUCACCACGCUGUAUGCGCUGGCCGAGACGGAGAGCCUGUCGACCGAGAACAACGACGAGGCGGUCGACGACUUUGACGAUAGGCUACGGCGGGCACAGGGGCGGUUCAAGGUCAUCGAGCGGAUGGUGGGGGAGGGGGACAGCGGGAGACCGAAGGGGGACGGGCAGGGGGACGAUCCUGGGGCUGGGCCUGGCAAGCGGGAGGGGGUGCCGGAUGUUUGAGGGGGGUCGGCGAGCGGUGUUUGUAAGUGUCUGGGUUGGUUAUAUAUGUCAGGAUGUAGCUUCAAGACAACACUGGAGCAGGGCUUCCAAUCGGCUCGAGUUGGAGUAAUCAGGCACAAAUAGCACCAUAAAACAACGGCACAUCAACUCCAAUGCACGUCUCUAUUCUACCCCUGCCGCGUUAUAUACAACCCUCUACCACCCCCCCGCCAUCUUCACUCUCGCCCAACCCUCAUACGAACGACCUGCACGGGUAGCUGUCUCUCGUUAGCCUCACAUGUCACUC